AAACCCUUAAAACAUAAAAAAGGGAUUUGACUUCACCUAAAAAAUCUGAAUUUGGGUAUUGUGUGAGUGUUUGUGUAAGAAAUCUUUUGGGUCCAUUGGCUCGUAUCAGCAACAUGAAGCCAUAGACCAAACUCAGCCGCGAUAAGUCAAGAAAUUAUCAAGUUUCCUUUCAAUGAAAUACUUUACAAUGUGUUGGUAUGUUAUAAUACUGAUAAGCUAACAUUGAAACCUUUCAAACUGUCAUUCAUCACUAGAGCCAGGAGGUUUCACUUAGCAAAUAGACAUUUUGACAUCAAUAUUUCGGUCCAGUUCAUGGGCAACUAAAGUAUCGAGUGGGAUAAAGUGAAGACUUAAGAUUCGGACACUAUGGCGUCGCCCAUGCGUCGGCCGCUCCCCGCCCAUUUGCCAAAACAAAGAGGUCAACAAGCACGGAUAGAACUUAACGUUCUCCGACUGGACGAGGAUGGAAACAGCUUGUAUGACGAGGACUUUGACCCAAAUGUCUGUCACUGUUUUCCGAACACCAGCAGUCUUCAUAUUCCGUCAAUGCUCUACGACCACAUCAACUGUCCUCAUCACAACACCAAACAUAUUCAGCCUGCUCAAGCGCAAGUGUUUGCAUAUCCAUGGACAGCGGCGACCAAUAAACGCCGACAGACAGUGGGAGGGGGAGGGAGGAAACCUCGUUCCCCAGCAGCUGACUCGCUGGUGUCCGACAAGCUAAGCCUAAUCGAGGAAGAGCCGCGGACUCCAUUCGUCAUCAAAACUGCUCCUCCAUUUGCUAAUCCAUCCGUGUUUAUGGAAAGCAAAGGGGAACCCCCGUUCACCGCCCCAGCCUAUUCAAGAUGGGAGAGCCACGGUGGUAAAGAUGUGCCACGCGCUCAAAGUGUCCCCUCCCUAACAGGGUAUAAUCAACCAAGAACACCCAGACAAUACGAAGAUCCAAACCCCAAUAUCAGCACUCCAUACGUCACUAACUACAACAGAAGGCCCGUCUCUAUUCGUGACAGACAAUUUGAUGGACGCUACAUAGACCCAAAGGAUGGGCAGGUUUACAAAUUUAGAGUAAAAUACGGCAAGAAGGAGAUCGAAGCUGAUCGCAAGCAGGAUGACACAAUAAGGGAGGAACCGGAAGAGUACAACUAAGAUAGAAAACCACUCAAAUACCCUUUUUACGGGGACUUUGGGUACAGCUGAAUAUAACUUUUGUCUUUCACUUGAAUUUGUAAAUAAAUGUACAUUUAUGUGUAAAUAUGUAAUAUUAAUUUAUUGUUCUGUGUGAUUUGUGCAUGAUGUAUAAUAUUGUAUGAAUAAAUCACCUUGGUUAGUUA